AUGACGGCUCGCCAGCCGACCAAAGUGCUCGUGGCCAACAGAGGUGAAAUCGCCGCCCGCGUCUUCGUCGCCGCACGGGAACUGGGCAUGUCAACCCUUGCCAUUUUCGCCGCCCAAGACGAGAAGGCAGGGUUUCUCCGGAAGGCCGAUGAGGCGGUUUCAGCAUGGUCUGAACACGACCGCACUCCGGUCGAGGCAUAUCUCAACGCCAAGCGAAUAGUAGACAUUGCACAAGAGAACCAGGCAGACCUCGUUCAUCCAGGAUAUGGCUUCCUCUCCGAAAACGCCGAUUUUGCCGCCCAGGUUCGUGCUGCAGGCAUGAAAUUUGUCGGGCCAUCGACAGAGGUCCUCCGGACAAUGGGCGACAAGGUGGCCGCACGCGCCUUUGCGCAACGUCUUGGUAUCUCGACCAUUCCUGGUACGGGUGCUGCUUUGCAAAAUGUUGAGGAAGCGCUUGCAUUCGCAGACAGCUGUGGCUACCCUGUCAUCGUCAAAGCAAGCCACGGAGGUGGUGGGCGUGGAAUGCGCGUCAUCCAUCGAAAGGAGGCCAUGGAGUCUGCAAUGGCGGAAGCAAAGUCGGAAGCAGGCGCGGCCUUUGGUAACGACGCUGUCUUCAUCGAAAAAUACCUGCGUCGGCCACAGCACAUCGAAGUCCAGGUCCUCGGCGACGGACACGGCAAUCACAUUCACCUGUUUGAACGCGAUUGCAGCAUUCAACGCAGACACCAGAAAAUCAUCGAGAUGGCUCCCGCAGCGGGCAUAUCCGACACUGUUCGCCGCGGCGUGACGGAUGCCGCUGUUCGACUUGCGCGAGGCUUGAACUACGGCACCAAACCAGAAAAUGCCGGCACGGUUGAGUUUCUCGUAGAGGGCCAAGAUUUCUACUUUAUCGAAAUGAACCCCCGAAUUCAGGUAGAACACACCGUCACGGAGGAACUGACGGGGGUUGACCUCGUGGCGGCGCAGCUCCGUAUUGCAUGUGGCGCCACGCUGCAGGAUCUCGACUUGCUGCAGGACAAAAUCAUCCCCCGAGGCUGCUCGAUCCAGUGCCGCGUUGUGACAGAAAUCCCGCUUGAGGGCUUCCGCCCAGACACGGGCACGAUUGGUGCUUGUUGGCUCCCCUCCGGCAGCGGGAUACGACUCGACCACAGCGAAUGUUUCCUCGGUGCCCAGAUCGGCGCGUCCUACGACUCCCUGCUGCUCAAGUGCAUCUGCACAGGCUCUCACCGCGCGCAGGCCAUCAACAAGGCGAUCCGGGCGUUGAACGAGCUGGACAUUCGGGGCAUCCAGACCAAUGUUCGCUUCUUGGUCCGACUUCUGGAGCAACCGGCGGUCCGCAACGGUACGAGCUGGACCUCGUUUGUCGACGACACAUCAGAGUUGUUUGUGCAAGACGGCCACAGUGCGCCCGAACAAGGUGUGCUGCGCUUCCUGGCAGAUGCUGCAGUGAAUGGGAGCCGCAUUCAAGGUCAAGUGAAGCCACCAGGACUGACAAGAAGUAUUUCCAUCGGGAAACUGACCAACCAAACCACUCGAGAGCACAUCUCGACAGAGCAUCCGUGCCGCGAUGGGUGGCGCACCAUUCUUCUCCGCGACGGCCCGCGCGCGUUUGCGCGACAGGUGAGAGCACACCCCAAGACGCUGAUAACAGACACGACAUGGCGCGACGGACAGCAGUCUCUUCUCGCAACCCGCGUGCGCACCAGAGACUUGGCCGCCAUAGCCAAACACAUGAGCCAUGCCUACAAAGACGCCUACAGCCUCGAAGCGUGGGGAGGGGCCACGUUUGAUGUCAUGCUUCGCUUCCUGCACGAAGAUCCAUGGGAACGUCUGAGGAAGCUUCGGGAGCUCGUUCCCAACAUCCCGUUUCAGAUGCUGCUAAGAAGUACAAACGGAUUGGCAUACGCUGCGCUCCCGCGCAAUGCGCUCUUCCACUUUGUCCGCCUAGCAAAAGACACGGGGAUCGACAUCUUCCGCGUCUUCGACAGCCUCAAUGACGUCGGCAAUGUAAAAGUCGGCAUCGAAGCGGUCCACGCCGCUGGUGGCCUUGUCGAGGGCGCCAUCAUGUACACGGGCGACAUGCUGGCACCUGGGACCAAGUACAGCCUGAGCUACUACAUGCGCAUCGUCGACCAGCUGGUGGCGUGCGACACCCACAUCCUUGCCAUAAAGUCCAUGUCUGGCGUCCUGAAGCCUGCCGCAGGCCGCGUGCUGGUCAAGGCGAUCCGCGCCCGGUAUCCCGCUCUGCCGAUUCACAUGCACACGCACGACACCAACGGCACCGGCGUCGCCACCAUGGUCGCGUGCGUUGAGGCCGGGGCCGACAUUGUCGACACGGCCAUUGACAGCCUCUCCGGCACGACGUCCCAACCGGCCGCCAGUGCCGUCCUUGCCUCGCUAAAAAACACGCCAUUGGAGUGCGGUCUGGCGCUGGACCAUGUUGCGGUGAUUGAUGCCUACUGGGCGCAGCUGCGGCUCGUGUAUGCCGGUUUCGACGCCGAUCUGAGGUGCCCUGAUCCUACAGUUUACAGGCACGAGAUUCCGGGCGGCCAGUACUCCAACCUCAUGUUCCAGGCGCGGCAAAACGGUCUCGGCGGUAAGUGGGCCGAGACUAUACAGGCGUACCAGGAGGCCAACGUACUCCUGGGCGACAUCAUCAAAGCGACGCCAACGUCCAAGGCGGUGGGGGAUCUCGCGCAGUUCAUGGUGAGUCGAGGGCUGUCCGCGUCGGCCAUCCGGGAGCACGCCUCGACGCUGGAUCUACCGCAGUCGGUGCUGGAGUAUUUUGGAGGGCUGAUGGGACGCCCCUUCGAUGGGUUCCCGGAGCCGCUGCGCAGUCAUGUACUUUGUGGGCGGCAAGCGAGCAGAAUUGCGCAGGCGGGCUUGGAGCCCGUCUCGGCGGACUUUGACGGUAUUCGACGGCACAUCGCGUCGCAGUUCCCGGGGAUGCCGGUGACGGGGCAUGAUGUGGCCAGCUACACCAUGUUUCCAGAGGUAUACAUGAAAUUCCGCCAACACCGUCGUCUGCACGGCGACCUCUCGGUGCUGUCUACCCCAGACUUUCUAUCUUGCCCAGAAAUUGGUCAGGAGGUAGAGCUGCAGUUUGGAGACAAGAAAUCUAUCAUGGCAAAGAUGCUGGCCAUUUUGCCUCCCGAGCCAGGAUCGAAUCAACGCAGCGUCUUAUUUCGACUUGAUGGACAGGUGUGCUUCGUCGAGGUGCAGGACGACAGUGCGACUGUGGCGCACAUGUUUGAAAAGGCGAGACCAGAUGUCAAGGAAGAUGUGCCCUCGCCCAUGGUCGGACGGAUUGUGGCUGUGGAGAAGAGUGCCGGGGACAUGGUAGAGGCUGGCGAAGUUUUGCUCGUUGUGAGCGCCAUGAAGAUGGAGGUCCAUGUGAGUGCCCCAGUAAGCGGAUGUAUAGCAUUGAUGGCCGUAGUCGCCGGUGACAUGGUUGAAAAGGGUGACUUGCUGGUACGAAUAGAAAAGUCGGUUGACUAG